UUAUUUUUAUAAAGCUUUUCUUCAACAUUUUCCGAUUCCCUGGCCCCUGCCCAUUAUAGAUCUGAAGAUCUCCCUUCUUUUCACCUAAAUAUCUCUCCGCUCUUCACAUACCUCUUUCUGCCGCCAUUAACAACCCUUUUCAAAUUUUCGUCAAUGGCGUCUUCCAUGGCUUCUCAUCUCCAUUAUUCCCACACUCAUCAUCUCCCGUUCUCUCCUCUUUCUCCAAAUCGCAUCAUUUCAUUUAAUUCAAUCUCUUUCCCUUCAAAUCAAAACCUUAAUCUCAAAUUAAAUUCCACUUUCAAUCAUAAUCUCAACCUAUGCUUCUCUUCCAAUGGAGACGGUGGUGCAGGAUUCAUUGGCGGAAACAGCGGGGGAGGUGGCGAUGGCGGAGAUUCAUCCUCUAAUUCCGAUAAAAACGAUGGAAACUCAUCAUUUUGGGAAAAUCUUGGGUUUAUCGGAAUGUUCAUAAAAGGAUGGAAAUCUAGGGUUUCAGCAGAUCCACAGUUUCCGUUCAAAGUGUUGAUGGAAGAAUUAGUUGGCGUUACAUCAUGCGUGAUUGGAGACAUGGCAUCAAGACCUAAUUUCGGAUUAAACGAACUCGAUUUUGUUUUUUCUACUUUAGUUGUUGGAUCUAUUCUCAAUUUUGUCCUUAUGUAUCUUUUAGCACCAACUGCAUCCAUGGCUUCUUCUUCACUUCCAUCAAUUUUCGCAGGUUGUCCGCAAAGCCAUAUGUUUGAACCCGGAUCAUUUGGGCUUAUGGCCCGUUGUGGUACCUUUGUUUACAAAGGGGCUUUGUUUGCUGCUGUUGGAUUUGCUGCUGGGCUUGUUGGUACUGCAAUCUCGAAUGGGUUAAUUACAAUGAGAAAGAAAAUGGACCCGGAUUUCAAAACCCCGAAUAAACCACCUCCUACAUUGCUAAAUGCUGUUACAUGGGCACUUCAUAUGGGUUUGAGUAGUAAUUUUAGGUACCAAACAUUGAAUGGGGUUGAGUUUUUGCUUGCUAAGGCUACACCCCCUGCUGUGUUUAAGUCAUCCGUGGUGGUUUUAAGGUGUUUAAACAAUGUACUUGGUGGAAUGUCAUUUGUGAUUUUGGCCCGAUUGACAGGUUCUCAGAGUGUUAAAUCAGAGGCCCCGGUUGAGGCUGACACGGCUGUUGGGUUGGUGGAAGGAAAGGAGAAGUUGGUUGAUCAGUCGUCGUAAAAUGAUGGUUUUGAUAAGAGGUGGCCCAUCAGCGGUUUAGGCUGGAAUUGAACCGCUAUCGGCUACCUCUAAUGAUGAUCAUUGUUAAAUUGUGGAUUGUUGAUGGAAUUGUUGAUAAAUGAUUGCAUCUUUUGUGAUCGAAUAGGGAAGAACAUGAUGACAAAUGCUAGUGAUAUGCUUUGUUUUGAGUUGCCAUUUGAGUAUGAGUAUGAGUAUGAGUAUGAAUCAAAGAGAGUUUAGGGUAGUUUUAUGAUGGAUUUGUGUGAGCAAGAAUAAGUGUACUACUUAGUGGCUAGUAGUAGUACUAUUGUACAAGUUUAGAGAGCUUGUAUUUUCAUGUAGAGGAUUUUAGUAUCUAAUCGUAUGUAUUACAAUAAUCACUAUUUUCAAUUUCGUAAUUUCAUUUAGCUGAAAAA